AUGGAAAACAAUAUGGAAAGACAAGACAUAAGUCCUAUGUUAAGCCAAGACGUCGAAAACAACAACACUUUCUCUUCCUUUGUUGAUAAAACCCUAAUAAUGAUGCCUCCGUUAACAAUUUCCGGAGAGGUAAAGCCUUCUUCAUCUUCUUGGUAUCCAACGAGCUUUUAUGUGCCUACGCAACCCCCUGAGAAUGAUCAUAUAGAAGAUCAAGGGAAGAAGAAAGAAAAAGAGAAGAGAUCGAGGAAAGUUCCAAGGAUUGCGUUUCAUACGAAGAGUGAUGAUGAUGUUCUUGAUGAUGGCUAUCGUUGGCGAAAAUACGGUCAGAAAUCUGUCAAGAACAAUGCUUAUCCAAGGAGCUAUUACAGAUGUACGUACCACACAUGCAACGUGAAGAAACAAGUGCAGAGAUUGGCAAAAGAUCCAAACGUCGUCGUAACUACUUAUGAAGGAAUUCAUAACCAUCCUUGUGAGAAGCUCAUGGAGACUCUUAAUCCUCUCCUGAGGCAGCUCCAGUUCCUCUCCAGUUUCUCUAAUCUCUGAUUAAUUAUGUUAAUCUAUACUGGUGUAAUUAAUUAAAGGUGAUCAAUGUUUUAAUCAUCCCACUGACCCACAUCUCCCAAGAGACAAGUGUAUAGAACAGAUUCGAAUUAAAAUGUAGCAAUUAUGAUUGUGUUGUUCUGUUUUGCUUUAC